AUGGCUGAUGUUGUUGAAAUACACGGUGGAAAUGACUUCGAAGAUGAUACAGAGGGUGAUCAUGGCCUUUUACGCUUGAAGGAACAGGCAACAAAACGCAAGGGUCGUGGUUUCCGAGGCGAUCCUGUCUCUCGUGGACAGGAGGAAGAGUUUGAGUCGUUAAAACCAGACGACAAUACCUCCGCAUCUGGGCCGCAACGAUCUAUUGAGGGUUGGAUUGUGUUUGUGCGAAACGUGCACGAAGAAGCAACAGACGAGGAUAUCAGAGACAAGUUCUGCGAGUACGGAGAGAUUAAGAACAUCCAUCUCAACCUGGACCGACGCACGGGCUACCUGAAGGGCUAUGCCCUUGUGGAAUACGAGACAUUCAAAGACGCCCACGCAGCUCUACAAGCCCUGAAUGGGAGUGAAUUGCAUGGACAGAAGAUCCAAGUGGAUUGGGCCUUUGUUAAGGGCGGCGGUGGUGGUGGAGGUGGUGGCAGCCGGAGGUCGGGUCACCGUCGUGGAGGCGGUGGUCGCCGACGCAGCAGCCACUCCCGAAGCCACAGUCGCUCAAGAUCCCGGGAUCGUGCCCGGAACUGA